AUGACGUCCCCUCAACCGGUCAGUACGCCCGCUGAGAUCGAUGAGGUGGCUGUCACUACUGCAGCCCCUGUGACUGGCGAAGUGACCAUCAGCACGGCAGCUGGGGAGGCUCCCGGUAGAGACAAGGAUGACUCUGAUGCUACCACCCCGGUCGCUACGGAGGCUGCAACUGUCACGACUACGAUCGGUGCUCCUGUUGAGCCUACUACUAUCACGUCCCCUUUCCCGGUCAGCACAGCUGCUGUGACGGAUGAGGUUGCUGUCACUACUGCAGCUCCUGUGACUGGCGAAGUGACCAUCACCACGGCAGCUGGGGAAGCUCCCGGUAGAGACAAGGAUGAUUCUGAUGCUACCACCCCGAUCGCUACUGAGACUGCGACUGUGGCUACCACGAUCAGUGCUUCUGUUGAGCCUACUACUAUUAUGACGUCCCCUCUACCGGUCAGCACAGCUGCUGUGACCGAUGAGGUCGCUGUCACUACUGCGGCUCCUGUGACUGGCGAGGUGACUAUCACCACGGCCGCUGGGGAAGCUCCGGGAAGGGACAAGGAUGAUUCUGAUGCUACCACCCCGGUCGCUACUGAGACUGCGACUGCCACUAGGAUCGAUGCUCCUGUUGAGCCUACAACUGCUAUCACGACCCCUCAACCGGUCAGCACAGCUGCUGUGACCGAUGAGAUUGUUGCUACUACUGCAGCCCCUGUGACUGGCGAGGUCACCAUCACGACGGCAGCUGGGGAAGCUCCGGGAAGAGACAAGCAUGAUUCUGAUGCUACCACCCUGGUCGCUACCGAGACUGCGGCUGGCACUACUACGAUCGAUGCUCCUGUUGAGCCUACUACUAUCAUGACGUCCCCUCAACCGGUCAGUACGCCCGCUGAGAUCGAUGAG